AAAUAAACAAAAUGGCUUUGUUGUUUAUGGUGGUGUAUGCCGUCUUCCGUUAGUUUACGUUUGUUUCCUGUUUUUCUUGAUCCAUUGUGUUCAAGGAGUUCGCUUUUUUCCAUCCAUUGGCUCCUUGUUUAUUAAAUUAGUUUAUAUUUGGAUUAUUUCUUGUUUUAGGUAAAAAUGUAUUCUGUAAUAGAAUUUAAACAAGAAGAAGAUGGUGGUGGACUAUCUAUAGUAAAUUCAACUUGGUUGACACCUAGAAAAACUGAAGUACGUUGGCCCCCUAUAAAAGAUAACCUUCAAUUUAAAAAAGUGCUACGCAAACUAGAACCUGAAAUUGAUGAAACUUGGAAGAUAUAUGGUGUCCAGAAAAUUUUUUAUUCAACAGAUGAUUUUGAAAAGGCCACAAAUAAAUUAAAAAGAGCAGAAAUAACAUCUGAUCUACAAACUGAUCUUGAGGAUGAUAAUACCAGACCCAGAAGAAAGAUCCUGAAACGAAAAUUUAGUUCGGAUGAGGACAGCAACGACCAGGUUUCGCUAUUUAAGCCUGGCAAAAAGUCGAAGCAAAUUUUACCACGGCCUCCACCUGUGGGAAUUAAUAAACUCUAUACAAAUCCAAGAGGAUCGUCUCAAGAAUUGGAAUCUGGGACAGAUGAGUCUGACCCUGGCAUACCUUCUGGCUCUCAAUUUAUGAAAAGCAUAUCCACACCAAGGGAUAAGUUAUCAUUUCAGAUAUCUACACCAAAAUCUUCAUCGUCUUUUGGUAGGCAAGAAGCAACUGAAAUACAAACACCGACUCUGAACGAGUCUCUAAAUUUUGAUAAUAGUCUUCAGGAUACAAAUGGAUUGAAGGUUCUACUUAAACAUAUAUUAACAAUUAAGGAACAGAACAGAAAAAUUCUAAAUAUUUUGGAGAAAUCAAAACCAUUUGAAAAUUCAGAUUUACCUGAUGACUUCAAAAUAAAAUUGCCAAUAGAAUCCUUACAAGACCUGGAAGAACUAGAGAUAUAUUUGACAGAAGAAGAGAACUUCAACACUUUUAAAUCAUACUGUGCCUCAAUUUCAAACCUGAAAGAUGUUACCCAGAAGAAUAAUAGGAUAUUAAGAUCUCUUUUGACAGAUAAUAUUGCGAAGCAUUUUAAUUACUUCGGUAACAACCGGCGGCAAGACAGAGUAUCAAAUAAGCGACCAUUUAAUCAACUGCGCUUAAACAAAGUGGUUCUAGAUGCGGUAAAACAAGGAACUGACUUUACAACUCAUGAAGUUGAGAACGCUAUUAAGCGCUGGUUAAAACAUGCUCCUAACCGUAACAAGAAAAAUUACUAAUUUGGAAUUGUUUUAAUUUUAGUUUUUUAUUUGAUUAAACAUGCAAAGGUUUUAUAAAGAAACUGUAGGUGAACGCCAAAUGUGUAGGAGGGUGGCUAAGGAACUUAAAAAUACGAUUGAAGGUCUUAAUAGUAAUUUAAAUCAGGCUUCUUCCCUUGUUAGUAAAACAGUAGUACAUAGUGAUACCGUUUAGUAAGUUUUUAAGGAUAAGUAUAAAAUUUGCAAGAUGUUGAUGUAUAAAAUGUAACAUCUUUAUUUAAAAAUAGUCAAAAAAUUUAAAAAUAAAAAUAUUCUCGAUUAUGUUCAAAAAAAUUUAAA